CGCCCUCUACCGGUGAGCAGGUGUGUCUAACUCUCUGUGUGACCCGGAAGUACAUUCAUCUCUCUCGGCCACGCGUGUGGAAGAUCCUCCUCUGUAAACACCGCGUGAUUGUAGCAUCCAACAUGGGCAAGUCCAAACAGACGGGAAACCACAAGAGCGACAAGAAGAAGAACAUCGCAAAGACGUGGAAGACGAAGCGCAGGACCAAAGACCUGGACCAGAUCCACUCGGACAUGAAGCCGGAGACCGCAGCCCAGCUGCUGAAGCAGGAGGUGGACUUCGAUGUGACAGGGUGUGCGCAACACUACUGUCUGCACUGCGCGAGAUAUUUUGUGGAUAUGAGAUCUUUGAAAGAGCACUUCAGAACUAAAGUGCACAAAAGAAGGUUGAAGCAGCUCAGAGAGGAGCCCUACACCCAGGCUGAGGCGGAUAGAGCGGCAGGUAUGGGGUCAUAUAUCCCUCCAAAAACAGUGGAAGUGAAGACACAGCCGGUGGAGGAGGACAUGAACUGAGAACCGCCCACAUUAAACCCAUGGACUGAUGAACUCAGCAACAGUAGCAUUGACAGAAUGAAUGAUGCUCCUGUUGUUCCUGCUGUCACAAAUUCCAGAUGCAUUGUGAAAUGCUUUUUGUCUGUGACGACUCGUACUUGUUUUUCAGUCAGCUGUGAUACAAGUGGCUGUUAAAUGUCUGCGUAUCUCCGGAAUCAGGAAGGCCUCACCGGGCACUGGGUACUUAAAUGCAACAUGCACCUAUGUAAAUACAGACUGGGCCUAUCUGUGGGAAAUGAUAAUAAACCAUACAACAGAGUGCAUUCACUCAAUUUUCAUUUAUACAGUGGAGUUGGAGCAAUGAUUCUCAAACUGAUGUAGCUCAGAGAUAUAAAAGAAAUUUCCAUCA